UUAGCUUCUCCAUUUCUCUCAAAACAAUAUUUCUCCUGUCAACAAUAAUAGCUAGAGAUGGAAAGAUUGGGAUCCUCCUCCAUGAUACUUGAGAACGUAUGGGCCACUUUAGUUGCACAGGAAAACCCUUUCCCAGAUUCGCAACCUCAGGGCAGCGCUUUUAUCGCUUCUCUUCCCGCCUCAACAACAAAUUCCCUGGCACUGAAUCACUGCGACACCACUUUCGGGGACUCCAAUCUGAGCACCUGUGAAGAUGAUGUAUGUGUAAGACACUGAAUGAGUCGGACUUCAACGAUGUUUUAGAAAGACUAGUGAGCCUCAAACGAUGGCUGUCUGUCAACUGCGAAGUUCUUGACCUCGUCAAAGUGAAGAAUCAGUCGAAGAAGGGCAAUACUGCAGAAGAAGAGACCACAAAAAGAAGACGCUCAGGUGGAAAUGUGCCAUCGGCGGCGGCUCCUGGGAAGCGGUACAGAGGUGUUCGGCGGCGGCCCUGGGGAAAGUACGCAGCGGAAAUUCGAGACUCGACAAGACAGAGCGCCCGAAUUUGGCUUGGCACGUUUCUAACGGCGGAGGAGGCCGCCAUGGCGUACGACAAAGCUGCCCUUAAAAUGAGAGGCGCUCGAACUCAGUUGAACUUCCCAAUGGAAACAGUCGAACGGGCUCUCGUUCAGGAAUAUGUGAACUACAAACCGAUAAUUCCUCCGCUGUGAAAAUCGGCAAAUCACCGCAUAACGAGCGUAGGAAUUUCAGGACACGGUUUUGCCGACGGCAUUUGGACUUUUGGGUCUCGAUUUUUAUUUUUUUUUAUAUGUUCUCGGUCUUGUAUUGCAAAUUUGCAGCGUUCAAAGUGAUUCUCAAGCAGUGUCUGAGAGACUAUAUCUGUCUAAUAAGAGUGCAUGUUAGUGUAUCCAAAGUUGGUCAUGUCUUUAUAUUUGGUUUGUUUUAAUUUCAAGUC